AUAGCAAAGAGUGCGUGCAUACAGGAGUCUGCAUUGCAUUUGCAUUGCACUCCAUUUGCAUUGCACUGUGGAUCCAAAUGCAGUGCAGAUGGAAGGGCAAAAUUGGGAAGCAGGAUACCCCAAAGUUGCAUAGGGGUCUGCAAGACUGUGGAGGCACUGGGUGUUACUGGUUGAGUGAUAAAGCAAUGGCUCUUGCAGCCCAGUCUUUCUCUUAAGGAGGUAACCAUGGUGUACCAGCCUCUUCCUAACAAUCUUGCAAGGCUGGUCAGUCUAGAGUCUUCAGGGUUCAUGCACUCUGACACUGCUUUAACUGCCUUGGCUCCACUUUAUGGGAUCCUGGGGUUUGUAGUUUUCCCUGGGACACCAGAGCUCCCUAACAGAGAAGUCUAGAUAGUGUGCAAGAUUGAAAAUGUCAGCAUGCCAUUGCAUGGAGCCGUGGUGCUUAAAGCAACGUAUAAUGCAGUUUUGACACUGUUUUAACUGUCUUGGUGCCACCUUAUGGGAUCCUGGGAUCUGUAGUUUCACGGGGGACCCUGACAAAGAAGUUUAACAUCGUACAAAACUGCAAAUCUCAGAAUGCCAUAGCAUCCUGGGGCCAUGGUGGUUAAAGCAAUGUACAAUACAAUUUGGACACCGCUUUCGCUGUUUUGGCUCCACUUUAUGGGACCCAUAGGGAGGAAUAGAUGUAAGAUCUUACAGACAUGUUUGCCUUCGAUAUGCUUUUCGUUUCUUUCAGUGAUUUUAUUUACUCAGUUUUGUGACAGGUCCCACUGUAUUCCGAAAUCCCCCCAAAUCCGAAACACUUCUGGUCCCAAGCAUUUUGGAUACGGGAGACCUAACCUGUUGCCCUCCAAGGUCCCCCAAGGAUGGUUGCCAACCCCAAGCAUAGCCCACUUAUGUGACAGGAGACAUUUUUCCUUCUGCGUCAGCAUUAUUUACAGCUGAGCACAGAAAAUGGCUCCUCUCCCCGGGGCGGAAUUGGUGAAGAGACCGUUGCAGCUUUAUCGGUACUUACUCCGUUGUUGCAAGGCGCUUCCAGGAAAGAAUGUCCAAGAACACUACAAACAUGCAAUACGGCAGAGUUUCAAAGUCCAUGGAGACGAAGACAAUCCCGAGAGGAUUCAGCAGAUCAUCAAGCGGGCCAUUGAAGAUGCCGACUGGAUAAUGGAGAAGUAUAAGAAACAGAAAUAAAGUGAGAAGGCAAAUAAUUUUGUGCACUGAUCAGAUGGAGAAGACCAGUUUGGAAAGGCAGCUGUGCCUUUGCGUUACGGAUUGUAGAAACCAAAGUGAUAAACUCUGCCUUGACUAUGCCAAUUGCAUACGUUUGUCAUCGCUGGCCAUCUAUCUGAGUGAGGUCUUGCCAAGAGGAACCAGCGUUUGAGUCAAGAUUCGAACAUUAGCAAGGAAGAAAGUAGGUUUUUUUCCAAUCAAAAUAGUGGUGACUGUUCAGAGAGCAUGGAGCAGGACCUGUCUUUUGGAUCAUUUGAAGACUCUCCAUUAUGAAUGUAUUGCCAACAUGCUCAAAUUCAUUCAAACUGAGUAAUCCUGAAAUCAUAAACCACUAAUAAAGAUGCUCAUGUCUCAA